AUGGACCCAGAUAAACAAGAUGCUCUUAAUAGUAUUGAGAAUUCCAUUUAUAGAACAGCCUUCAAAUUGCAAUCAUUGCAAACCAUGUGUCAAUUGGAUUUAAUUGACAGUUCUCUGGUUCAGCAUGUCCUAUUGCAUCAACGUUUCUGGGAAGCAAGAGAGAGCCCCCUCUCCGUGCAGCAGCUUUUCCAGGCCCUCCAGGAGCUGUUUCAGAGAGUCAGGGUGGCAAAACCAGGACAGGUGCAUCCCAGAACUCCGGAACUCAUUCUGAGCCUUCUCACCACCAUGUAUGACAGCACAGGAACUGGUUUUCUCAAGCUUGUACCUGCAGCCGCUGCCUUGAUUGCCCUGUCAGGAGACAGCCCUCUUACAAAAUACAGAGCUCUUUUUCAGCUCUAUGCAGAAAAUAACAGAGGAGGUUAUGAUUCUGGGGCACGCAUGACUCGAAGGGUUUUGAGAAACCUACUAACAGAUCUGCAGCAGAUCCCAACUGUCGUGGGUGAGAGUCGUGCUCUGUGCUCUGUGGAAAGAGCUACACGUAGCUGUUUCCAAGGGGUGUUGAGCUCAGCAAUCAAAGAAGAGAAAUUCCUAUCUUGGUUACAGUCUGAGCCUCCCAUCCUCCUGUGGCUCCCAACCUGCUACCGAUUGUCAGCCACUGAAAUGGUCACUCACCCUGUUCGGUGUAGAAUCUGCAGGAACUUCCCAAUCACGGGACUGAGAUACCGCUGUCUGAAGUGUCUCAACUUUGACAUCUGCCAGGUGUGUUUCUUAUCUGGUCUUCACAGCAAAUCUCACCAGAAGUCUCAUACUGUGAUUGAGCACUGCAUCCAGAUGUCAGCGAAGGAGAAUACAAAACUCCUCCUCAGGACCCUCAGAAACAACCUGCUCCAAGGGCGCUACGGGAGGAAAGAAGCUGCGAGAAGACAGUGACUGCUGAAACAGGUGAAUCCAAAGGACAUGGCUGACCAUGCACGGGCCAGGCUCUUUAAAAAACAAUUAAACCGAUACAGAGACAAGUUGCAAGCCAUAUACACCUCCCAGGAAGAAAAACUUUGCAGAUUUGAAACAAAGAUUCACGAACUCAGAGCUAACCAGGAUAAUCUCUGGACCAAGCUACAGCAGGUGGGACAAGAUCUACAGGUAAUGUUGCAGCCACUCCAUCCUUCAUCUUCCUCUUGUCAAAAUAUGGUUUCCAAGGGUGACCACAGAAAGGUUGAAAGGUUUUGGAAGGGAGGAGAUUCUUCCCAGAUCAAGAAUGUCCCUGAGGAUGGCUCUGAACAGAAACCUCUUCUUAACCCCACUGUGAUCGACAGACGUCACGGAAGUCACGCAAAAGCAGAGCAUGCUCUACCAAAUUCAGAAUCACCAGAGGCCAUCUUACAGCCAAGCUCAACGCAAAGCACCAAGCCACAAAGCCAAGCACCAAAGACCUCAAAGGAAACCCUUCGCUCCCCAUCUAGUUCCCAGGAAGGACUACUGCAGGACACCUCCCAAAUUAUCCCUGCUGGUAUAUGCAGUCCUACUCAGGCACCCACUCAAGAAAGGCAAGAGACAGUUAACAUCCAAGAGGAAAAGGAUGAGCUGGAGGAAGAGGAGCUGCAAGAAUUAUUGUCGAAACUUAUGGAUGCCUUAACUCUAGAAAUGUCAUCAGACCCACAGUCUUCAUACAUGGAUCUGUAUUGUGGAGCUGAGCGAGUGUGCAAGGCCUUCUCUGCCCUUGUUGAUCAAAUCACCUUGCCUAACUUGAAGUGA